UCUGAUUUUCAUCGCCUCCCGCUGCUGGCUCCAACCAGCGAGAACAACGGCGACGUCUCAAAUGAAGCGGCAGCCCAGGCUCUGCUACCAACUGGCAAGCUGCUGCCGCACGUCUGUAGUUUAUUACCCCCGAGCGCAUGGAGCUUGCCCUGGUGUGCGACAUUGACCCUGGCCACCCACGACUUGAUCACCCACGAACUAUACGGUCAGCGCACUUUGUCGUGUCCGUCGGUGGACCGCUCCUCCCCCUACCACGGCUGAGAAACUGCCAUAUCCGACUGGGCGAUACCCCGAAUGGUUGGCUUAAUACAACGGCGUAGGCUACGGCCUUCCGCCUCUGCGGCAAGGUUAUUCCCCCAUACCUCUAAGCCGUCAGCGCGGACCAUGCUGUGAACUCUGUCACACGAACUCCGCAUCCGUAUUCUCGAGUACACCGAUUCAUCGUCCCUACCGGGGAGGUUACAUGGAGUGGCCAGGACCAUGGGCACACCACUUAUGACUGGAUUUCCAUGGACGGGCCGGGCUACCGUUACCCCCGUCAAUUUUACAAGUGCUGGAUCGCUACAACGGCCCCCGACCGUCCAUGGGUUGUGUCUGCCGCCGUCGCCACGCUGCUUUCAGCUCCAUGUGCAAGUGUUGGGAGCCGCCGACUUACCUAUUUCUCGUCUGGCGCAUCUUGCUCGGGGACGCCCAGUCGUCUUCUUCUCUGGCGACCUGUUUAUUAUUCACGAUUGUUACGCAUCCUCGCCGGGGCGCUUACCUGAUCUCGAGUAUACGCAGCCAAACACUGCCCCCCAAUCUCCACUUACCCCAACAACCGCCUCACCACCUGUGAGUUUCUCCAAGAGAUCGUGCCAACCCACUGCCUCGAGUACAUCCGCUUCCUCGAGCUGUGCUUCCCCCUUAUCGCCUUCACACCUGGCCUUGAGGAGCGUCUCAAGCGAUGGUCGACUGGUUCCGGACCGUCGACUGGCUACGAGACAAGAUUAACGCGUGAGCUCUCACCAUACGACUCAUUGCGGCCGAGCCGAGCAAUAAAUACUCUCCCGAGGUCAACAGGUAUCCCAUCAUCAGCGGCGAAGGCGACCGCACCCGUGAGGCGUACACAGAUCUCUGCCUGCCCCUGAACAGCUGGCCAACGACGGGCUCGCCGGGUUUUACGCUAACCUUGCCUACCCCUGGUGGCCGACCCCGGAAUGCCAGGACCGGUACGACGAAGGGGAUGGAUGGGACUGAGUGGACGACGAAAAGGCGAAAUACAAGGAGUGUGUUGAGCGCGAAGUCAUGCACGACCGGUACGACUCCCUGUACGCCAACGGCAGGGAGCAGCCGGAACCGACUUGUUGGGAGGAACUGUAC